UUACAAUACUUUUAAAUGUCUAUCAGAAAUCGAUUUAAAGAAAAACCCUCGAGUACUAAGUAUUAUGCUUAUAGUGGUUGAAAUUUUCUGAACUUUUUAGAAAACAAUUGAUUUUGAAAUAUAGAAUUAUAUUAAAAAUGCUUUUUUAUAAAAUUUUACGAUAUUCAAAUAUUUUUUCUCCUGUAUAACUUCAUUAAGAAAAUAUUAUACUUCGAUUAUAUUAAAGAUAAGUUUUAAUAUGAAUUCUUUUAAUAAAAUGUUAUUUUUAUCACCUUUUCGGCGGAUUUCCUCUUCUUUUAUUUUAUAAUUUACUAAAUAGACCAUGUAUCAAUAAAGUACAGUACAUUUUUGUCGAAUUAUAACAUAAGUUAUGUGUUCUAUUGAGAGUAAACAUCCCUUGUCAGAAAAUGGGCGGACCGUUUUUGUGUUAGGUGUCACCGAGUAGAACAUUCACAGCGGUUUAGUCAAAGUCUGCUCCUCAGACUUCAGAAGUAUUUACAAGUGAUGACUGAUGCAAUUGAAAGAGAGAAAAAUCGAGUUAUUUAUAGUUAAAAUUUUAAUUUUCUUUGUAAUGUUUCUAAACUCUCCACCUUAUCAGGUUUAACCUAACAUGAUUGAUAAUUAAAAAUCUCCUGUAAGCUGAUAUCUGUAUGGUAAUGACGUUAUCGCGGGCUCUGUCGCGUUAUCUUUGGGGACACAGAGCAGAAUGUUUGAGGAGGCUCUGGUAUAAGGCGACAAAAUAAUACACUGUACUUCAAUAAUACUCAGUUCCAAAUUUUCAAAUUGCUCUGCACUUUAUAAAGCUUCAGAAAAGAUUUGGGAGGAGAUUUGAAAAACAAACCCCCAUUUGUUGUAAAUGCUGUGUACUCUACAGAAUUAUUGAUGUUGAAAAAAAAAGAAAGAAAAGUUAUUACUCUUGUCAACAUGAUUUACGAAGUCCGCCAAAAGCCUUGGAGUCCAGAGCGCUGUUUUACCUCAUAUUCAGCUGCUAUUGACUAUUGAGUGAAGAUCAAUACAUACAAAAGUAGAUUAAUCAGCCUUUUCUACAUUACGGAGAUAAAUCUGCUAAAAGUUUGCAUUACACAGAUUAUUGGUUCAGCCAUGUGGUGGGGAGCGGCUGUUUACAUCGUAAUGUUAGGUUGUGUGCGCGGAGUUUCUGGUUCAAAGGACAACACAACCUUUUCAAUUCCAACGCUUUCCCCGGGAAGUGCGACACCACUUGUGACAACUACAUCACCCACGGUUGAUUUUACCUCCAUGCUCUCACCAUCUAGAGACAAUUCCUCCAUUUCUUCACCCUCGAAGAAAACAGCUCCCUCUGGAACACUAAGCCCCGUAUUAACGCCAGCUAAUGUCACAAAGAGUGAAAGAUUUUCAUUUACCUUUGAAAUGUCAGCGUCCGGUUACAACUCGUUAUUAAUCACGCUGACGCCGGACCGUCCCGUUUCCACCGAACAGUUGUCUUCCUCCGUCACCAGCGAAACAUUUCUUACAUCACGGCAAUUCUCUUCAAUACCAAGCUUCUCCACUCAAACCGCAAUCGCUACAUCCGAUUUUUCAGAAAACCUCAAAACAUCUGACUCUUACAGUACAACUAUUUCCAAAGUCCCGUUAAUCUCCAACAGUGAUUUCACGUUAACAGAGAGCAGCUCUACCUCUAACAGUGAUUUCAGAUUAAUGGAGAGUAGCUCAAUCUCUAACAGUGAUUUCAGCUUAAUAGAGAGUAGUAGCUCAAUCUCUAACAGCGAUUUCAGAUUAAUGGAGAGUAGCUCAAUCUCUAACAGUGAUUUCAGCUUAAUAGAGAGUAGUAGCUCAAUCUCUAACAGCGAUUUCAGAUUAAUGGAGAGUAGUUCAAUCUCUAACAGCGAUUUCGGAUUAAUGGAGGGUAGCUCAAUCUCUAACAGCGAUUUCAGAUUAAUGGAGAGUAGCUCGAUCUCUAACAGCGAUUUCACGUUAAUAGAGAGCAGCUCUAUCUCUAACAGUGAAUUCAGCUUAAUAGAGAGAAGCUCACAUUACCAAUCAGUGAGCGCAAUAGAGACUACAUCCGUUCGUACUCCGCCAUUACCACCCGGUACCGAUAACUCCAUGACUAUCAGCAGUUCUGCGUUACCUUCAUCGGCCACCUCACGUGUCGCUACCUCUCCCACAGACAGCGAAAAGGUACCGUCGACACAAUUCCCCAUCACACAUUCCAGUUCAGCCUCGUACCCUUCCACUGACUCAUCAAUUGCAACGUCGCUCUUCCCCUCCCACGUGUUCAUCACUGCAGAAAUGCAGACAGGAAGUGCGCUGCCAUCGUUUGCUAUAUUUUCGUCAACACUCGCACCAAUUAGCUUCCCCGCUUAUCCCCCGUCAUCACAGAUUAUCGGAGCUGUCACCGAAUCACUAUCAAGCCAUUCACCAACAGUGAGCAGUGAAAGUUCCUCGGUCUUAGUUAAUACACCGUUUACAACACACACAAUCGUUUCUAACUCCGAAAGUGUUACGACACAAACUGUUGCUACACCCUUGUCCAUACUCCCGACCUCCUCUGACCUCGUUGCUUCAUCACCUUCGCCGCUUUCAACCGACCAGACUCACGUUUCUACUAGUGUCUUUACAUCAACACGAGGAUCCCAAAUUUUUAUCACAUCCACGCCAGUAGAAGAAACUGCUAUCCCAACUCAACUUUCAUCAAGUAUUCACCAUUCAUCUUCAGCAGCAUUCCCUGGUCAUUACACCGCCAGUGUUCCGAUACAUUCCACAUCUUCCACUGUUGAUAAGAUCCUACCAGAAUCAACGUCACUUUACAUAGCAGACGUGACAUCAAGUGUUGUUCAUGACGUCAUCAGUACCACAAGUCAAUCCAUAGCGACAACUCCAGCAAACGAAACUGACGCUGUGGACCUAGUUUUUGUAAACCACGAGUUUGAGAUGAUGUUUCAAGGAAAUUGUGAACCUCUUGUAAACGACAAAAUGCUGUUGAAGGCUUUCUGGAAGGAACUGCACGAAAAAAUCAUCAGAAACCUAGAGUAUAAACACAAUUCUGUAAAAGCUGGUGCCAUCGCUUGCAAUCCUUUACGAAUUUCGUUUACAGUUUAUCAGAUACCCAUGAAAUACCUGAAAUUGAUUUCCAGCUCAUUAAAAGAGCUAGUCGGAGCUGUAAAUAUAACCGUCAAUGUAUUUGGUAACAUGGAACAUUACCAAGCUGUAAAACUUAAUAUGGCGCCAACUGUGAAUGCAGACGAGCCCAAUGCAACAGGACUAGAGGAAAUUGACCUCAUCGUGAUCAUCGCCGCAGGUGCUUUCUGUUUCGUUCUGAUUUCUGCUGGCCUCAUCAUAUGUGUACGUGAAUACUAUACACGCAGAAGAACACGGACAUUUGAACUGGCAAACUACCAAGGGGAAGAUUUUACAUUGACCAGAAUCCCACGACCCGCAGUCAACUACACCGAUAAAAACGUGGACACUCGCGCCAAUGGUCAUAGCAACGGUGAUCCAAACGACACAGAAAGACUAAUGGACAGUAUACACCUAAGAGUCAAUUCCAACGAAAAUGGACUUAUGGUGGGAAUAACUGGGACACUGGAGCGGCAGAAGGCCGAGCUCGAUUCCUCUCCGCCAACUUCAAAUGCCGGUAGUGAGCACCUGCAGUUUCCACUUGUUCCCAAGGAGAGCGAAUCACUACAGAGUCAGGAUAACCCUAUCUACUAUAUUGAUGAACAGAAUGAUUAAGAUCUACUGAUGUAUAUAAUAAUUAGUGAUCUUGUAAAUUUCAUCCGAAGAAAGAACAGUGAAUUAUAGCACAAUUUGUCAUCGAAUGAAAACAAGUUCCAACAGAGAAAUAUUCUCUAUUUUUCUUAUACUGUGACUAACCAAACACUGUUCAUGUUGUCAAAAUACUUACAAUAAGCAUAAUUCAAUUAUCAUGGCAUCAUGUAAAUUUUCUUACGCAAAAUAAUGCAGCAUAGUAAUGCCUCAUUUAAGAAACACAAUCUACCAAUAUUCUGACAUUUUCUUAUAACACGAUUUUUCUGAAUUUUUUUUAUUGCAUACUAGUAUACAUGUAUUCAGUACAAAUGAUAUCUAAUAUGUGCAGGCACAUUUAAGCUUCCACCUCAGUCACACUAGCUUGAUUUCUACAUGUUACGACUCAGUUUCUUACACCCUGUGACAAGUCGAUAUUAUACUAGCAGCAGAACUGUACAUCUCCGGAGGGAACAGUGGGACAGACCAAUCCAUCACAACUACUCCAUCCAAGACAGCUACAAUUUUGCAACUAGUAUAACUUGUGAUGUAGGCAUAGUGCAGAAUGUUGGAAAAUAAGCUAGAAAAUGUAGAGGAAAUCAAGACAGUUUGGUUUCGGCUGAACAUCAACAUAUACAUACUUUUAAAAAUAUUUUUACUUCAAAUAAAAACACCACCCUAUGAUAUUUUCUCUGUAUGAUUUCCACUGUGGGAAAAAAAAUGAGAAAAUCAUCCAUGUUGUACUUUAUUGGCUAAUAUUCAACAAAUUUCAAUUCCCCUUACAAACAGUUCUAUUAAUUACAAAUCGCAGCUCCCCUUACGAAUCUAGUAUAGUUCUAUUUAUAACAUUGCAGUUCCUCUAUUAAUCCCGCAUAAUACACAAUAUAAUCAAGCUGACAAUGAAAGAAGAGUGACCAAAUACACAACCGAACACGCCAUGAGGGAUGAUAAUGAUAUGUCUACAGGGUAUCUCCUAUCGCUCAUCAAUGUUCGUCACUUCAAUAAAUCUAGUCAAACAGAAAUAUUCACACCGCAAAAAAAACGUGUUUUUUAAAAAAAAAAAUUCACUCUGAUCAGUUAAACUGCUACAUUAGAAGUUCUCGGAUACAGAUAUUAAAUACAGAAGCACUUGCAGGAAAACAUUUAUAUGUAUAAUAUUUGUGAAUACAAUGUAUGGAAAAUAAAAUAUGAUAAAUUACA